UUCAGUCCUGCAUUUAAUCUGAUCCUACCAUAAGAAAACAGAGCUAAUUUUUUUACUAAUCCAACAGAAUAAAUUGAAACUGUAUAUCUCCAAACUGAAGCACCAAGAUUCAGUUGGCAAAACUGCAGCAAGUUCACAUUUUCAGCAGUUUCGCAGACAUGAGUGCAGAGCAACUAUUACCACAGGUGCCUCCAAAGCAGUGUCUUCUGGAUCUUUAUACUAAAAGAGAUAAAGUGGAGGCACAUCUUCAGUCCCUGAAGUCCAAGAACACUGUUCUUACAAGUUCAGCAGAACACAUCAAACAGCAGAUUUCGGAUCAAUAUGAAGCAAUAAGGAAAGUCCUCAACAAUGAUGAAAGAGCAACUCUGGAACUCAUUGAUAAUGAAAAGAGGGUUGCAUUGGGGAAAAUCCAAAAGAUCAUCAAGGAAUGGACCAACAACUUGGAUGAAAUAAAUAAAUCCAUCAAAAUGACACAAAUGCUCAUUGAUCAAGAAGAAGGCAACUUGCAGUCAAGUGAAAGUGAAGGACAAAACCAAGCACAGUCAAUAGUUCUACAAGGAAGCCAAAACAAUCAAAGUCAAGCCACAAAUGUCAAAUUGACAGAAUACAGUUAUUCCAAGAAAACGGAGAAUGAAAUCUAUGCCAUUAAAAUAGAUGAAGCCAAGUUUCAGAAGCUAUCAAAACUCAUACGGAACAUUUCAACCAAUCUCUAUUCACAAUUGCAAAGGAAGAUUUUUGUACUGGAACACUCACCAAUUAUCUUUGAUAUUGCAUCAGCGCAUAAGAAUGUGCUUGUUUCAAAGGAUCAAACCAGCAUAUGUGUGACUAGUGAAGCACAGAGUGUUCCUGAGAGCCCUUUGCGAUUUGACAAGGUCUACAAUAUUUUGGCAGCCAAAGGACUAAUGAGAGGGAAGCACUAUUGGGAGGUGCAAGUCAAUUCCUCCACUCAAUGGUCUGUUGGAAUUGCAUACGGAUCUAUAGAAAGGAAAGGGAAGCACAAAUCCACAAAACUUGGAAGAAACAGACAGUCCUGGUGUAUUGAGCUAAAGGCCAACCAACUACUGGCAUGGCAUAAUGACAGAAACAUCAACUGCAGCAUGAAGCCCUUUAAACUGGAUAAAAUCGGGGUGUACAUUGACUACGAGAAAGGACUUGCUGCAUUUUACGAUGCUGUAAGCAUGAAGCUAAUACAAGAAUUCUCCAGUGUAACAUCAAGUCUUUUUGACAGAAUGCAUCAUCAUUUCACUGAACCUAUCUACCCUGCUUUUUGUCUCUUUCCAACAACUAUGAUUCCUAUAUACUCGGAUAAACUGGAGAUAUGCAAACCUGACGUUUAGAAAGCAGCCAUAACAAAACACAUUAAUCUGAACUUAAAGGGCUUGCUGUAGUACACAAGGCUCUGAUUUUGAGUUACAACAAGCAGUGAAAGGAGUCCAAGAGCUCCCAAGCAUAAUGAAGAAAAAGGCAACAUGCUAAUUCACCCCAGACCAUUCAUUCUUAAAUUUCUGAUACACAGUAUUAUUAUAGAAGUGAACUAUUUGAACAAGAAACUAGUUCAGUAAAUAUGGGAAAUAAUAUACAGAUCCAUUAUUUACAACAUAUCCAAGCAGGUGAUUCUCCAAAAAAUAUACAUAAUAUAUGGUGCUUAAAUUUUCAGUGUUGGAGAAGAGUGUUAGUGCAAUUUUGAACCAUUUAAACCCUAGAUCGACAGAUCAGUAAGUAUUACAAUGACCACCUUUAGAGAGAAGGGAGUAAAAACAUGUCUACACAGUGAAACUCAGGUUCAAAUGGAACCAUGCGGGCCACCAAUACCAGUUUUGUGUGAGGCAACCCCUCUCUUAGCAAAAUUACACUAUUAUUAUUCUUCAGACAGGAUGUUGCAGAGAGAGCCAUAGUUCAGUCGUGCUAUGCACAAGGACCAUGGUAUCAUUUGUACUAGAAGACAUCUAGAAGUCUAGAAGUCCUAGAUGAAGAGUUUUCCCAAGUAGCAAGUUGAGUAUAUCCCAACAGCAUGAUGGGGAGGUGGGUGUUUGGAAAUGUAAUUUGAACAACGGGGUGUUUCAAAAAGCAAGGCCCCAAGGGACAUCUAUCUGUGUCUUUGUGAGAGUGUUCACCCUUGCAAGACAAUGGACACAAAGGCUCACCUAUCAAGAAAACAAGUACUGAAACCCUAUUGUCAGCAUAAAGCCACAAUGGAGAUAAGACUUUAAAUAAAUGAACUCUUUUCCCCAUUUUUAAGGACAUCAAAAAAAAUCUUUUCAGUAUUGUAACAAAUAUGCAAAAUUUGUGCUGUUGCACCCAAGUUGCCAGUUAAAAUAUUCAGCUCUUAUAACCUUAACAGUUUUUCUGAAAACCUCCAGUCUUGGUCACUUUUACUUCUCACUGUAUAGAAUAGUAAUAAUUCCUGUAUAUGUCAUUAAUUUAGACAGAAAUUGAGUUAGUUGGAUAUGAUUUUGGAAUCUCAACCUCAUUUGCCUUCUAUUUUAGAUUUUAAGUGUUUUUAUAUAUUUGUAAUCAGUAAUCUGUGUCAUGAAAACUUGAUAUAGCUUAUGAAGAUAUACAAAUAUUCUCCUUGCAAACCAAUAUUGAAAAUAUGCAUCAAUAUUGUUCUAAUUAAUCAGAAUUGCUCAGUAAAUUUUAAAAGAUAUUAUGUUUCACUUUCUCUCUCCAAUAAAUUGUGCAGAUAAAACAAUUGAGACUUUAGCAUCAAUAUAUUUUAUGAAAUGGAAAGAAGAUAUAAAUUAUUUGCAGAUUUUAUAUAUCAAACAUAACAAAAGACAAUAACUGUAAUAUUUGUUGUAAUACAUUUUUUAUCUUAAUCUCUAACCUCUUUAGGCACAGACCUUAUCAACUCCUGUCUGCCUCAAAGAAAAACUAUCCCCAUCCUAUGCCAGUAAUUACCUAGUCCAGGUGCAGAGGGCCAGCCAUACUGGAAUGAAGCAUCCUGGAUUUUAACAGUGUAGGCCAGAGAAGAG